AUGGUCUAUCGUUCAGGGCAAUUGGUCCGGUCAGCCGCCCGGACCGGCGUCGUCUUCGUCCCUCGCCGAACCCUCACCUCAACCCCCAUCCGUUGCGCCGCAAACAAUGCCGAAAAGAAGACCGGCCUGCUCGCCUCUUUUAAGAACAUGUUCAUUGGUGACAAAUCCAAGGUCACACACCGACCUUCCGCCCCUCCAAAGGAGGAGGGUGGUCUUGGAGGCAACUCCAUCUUCGGAUCCGACUUGACUGCACCAUCAUCCGGUCCCGCGCCAUCACGAGCCAAGCAGGGUAAGCAGGGUGAUGCCGAAGAGUCACCCAGAUUGGAAAAGCGUGAUGCCACUCGUCUUCGAGCCGCACUCAACCCGAACCCGAAUGCACAGUUGCGAUGGGAGAGAAAGAUGGCGAUUCGCGACAUCCGGAAACGAGGCCGCCUGCCAAUGAAGGUUCAGAUCAAGCGCUCCGAGCGUGAAUCUCUUUCCAAGUCCCAAUGGAUCAAGACCUCAUUGAAGAAGCUCGGUCCCUUGGCCCGUCAAAUCGCCGGAAAGAACAUCGACGAAGCCAUCCUCCAGAUGCGCUUCAGCAACAAGAAGGCCGCCAGAGACGUCCUGGAGCACCUGGAGCACGCAAAGAACGUCGCCGUUGUCCGUUCCGGAAUGGGCCUUCCCGUCCCCGCCGCCGAGAAAACCCAGCCCAUUACCGUCACACUCAAGACCGGCGAGCGUAAGAAGAUCGCCGACCCGUCCGCCAUCUACAUUCAGGAGGCCUGGGUCAACCGUGGCCCUUACGGAUACGAGAUGGACCACCGUGCCCGUGGUCAAAUCAACCGCAUGCGUCCUCCCACCACCAGCAUCUCGGUUCUGUUGAAGGAAGAGAAGACCCGCAUCCGCGAGUGGGAGCAGCGCGAGGCCAAGGCCCAGCGCGAGCGCAGAUCACAGCUCUGGACUCAACUUCCGGAUCGCAAGAUUCCUACGCAGAACCAGUACUACAGCUGGUGA